AUGUGGAUCGCUACCAUUGCUGGUGUACAGGGUCUCUUGGUUUACGCGCUAUCAUCGUCCCUGCCCUUAUUGGUCUUUGGCGCGUUGGGUCCCAUCAUUAGACGGAAGUGUCCUGAAGGCUUCGUGCUGACAGAAUGGACAAGGCAGCGCUACGGAGCUAUCGGAGGACUCUUUCUGAGCGUCUGCACGCUCAUCACCAUGUUUUUGUACAUGGUCGCUGAGCUCUCGGCCUUGCAGCAAAUCGUCACUCUACUCACGGGCUUGAACGGUCUUCCGGUUGUCAUUGUGGAGUGCGCUGUUACUACCAUCUACACCUCACUCGGGGGCUUCAAAGUCUCUUUCGUAACCGACAAUAUCCAGGGCGUCAUGGUCAUCGGCCUUAUCAUCAUGGGCGUCAUUGCUGUCGGCGUAGAAACAGACAUCGACCGCUCCCUCAUCGACCAAUCCCGAUACCUCGAAUCCAGCCUCCUAGGCUGGCAACUUAUCUACAUCCUCCCUGUCGCCAUUUUGUCAAACGACUUCUUCCUCUCAGGCUUCUGGAUGCGUACUUUCGCCGCUCGCACGGACAGGGAUCUCUGGAUUGGUGUCUCACUCGCCAGUAUGGGCGUACUGAUUAUCCUCACUCUGCUAGGUGUGGGAGGAAUGCUUGCAGCAUGGUCUGGUGCGUAUACCAUUGGCGACGAAGAAAACGGCUCUUUGGCCUUCUUCUUGUUGCUAGAACGGCUGCCUGCGUGGGUUGUCGGUGUUGUUCUCGUCAUGACCAUCUCGCUUUCCACUGCUGCAUUUGACUCUUUCCAAUCAGCCAUGAUCAGCACGGGAAGCAACGAUUUCUUCCGCAACAAACUCAACAUCUGGAUCAUCCGCGCGUGCGUUGUGGCGCUCAUCUUCCCUGUUGUCGUCGUGGCUCUGCGCAGUCCCGAUAUCCUGCAAAUUUUCCUAAUCAGUGAUCUUGUCAGUGCAGCGGUUGUACCUUGCCUCGUCAUCGGGCUGAGCGACAAGUUUUACUUCUACCGGGGUUUCGACUUUGUUAUUGGAGGCCUUGGGGGUAUCUUCACCAUCUUCUUGUUUGGGCUUGUCUACUACAAUGGCGAUGUCACUCUAGCCGGGAACUUGCUGUUGUUGGAAGGUGGAUUGUACGCAAAUGACUGGAGCGCUUUCGGUGCUUUCGUAGCAGCGCCCUUCGGAGGUCUUCUUUGGGCUUUUGCUGCUUGCGCUCUCCGCAUCGGGUUCCUCUGGAUCAAGGCCAAGUUUCAGGGUCGUCGCUUCGACGCGUUUGACCGACCUCUUCCACGAAACAUCGAUAGACCUGGUGCUUUCGACGAGCACGAUGGUGAGGCUGUGGUUGAGCAUAGCAGCAUCGAGAAUGGCAGCAACGGGAAGUUCUUUUAA